GCACUUCUACUUUAGUAGCCUAUUGAGCGGCUAAAAGAGUGGUUGUGUUCGUUUGUGUGUGGUAAAAUAUUUAUCGAUCGAUUCAGUCUGUCGUCCCACGGUUUCAGUCAAGAAAAUCUACUAUUUUGGAGACUUACAUUUUUAAAUGUACUUAUCUACCUAUAUGUACAAUUCAUUUACUUAAUUUCUAGUUACUGGAUGACGGAAUACCUACCUACUUACUAUUCCAACUACACGCACACCACUACGUUCUACUACACCACUAGAAGAUGGCUAUCAAAAUUGCAUCGAUUAUAUUCGUGACAGUAUUGUACAUUACAAGUUCAGUACAAAAUGAAACUACUGAAGUGCCAAGCGCGAUGGCGGCCACACAGGAACGGGAUGUUUUAUCGCGUUCUAUCAACGAGUUUGGAUACCAACUUAUGAUGAAAAUGAUGAAACAGAAUGUAAACAACAAUGUUGUGAUGUCGCCUACAGGAGUUGCUGGUUUACUGGCGAUGACACUUCUGGGUACCGCCGGAACAUCGUACGAUGAACUAGCGAAGGCACUCGGGUUUUCCCAAGAUAUACUGUCAAAUCGCAAGAAUCACGAGAUAUUUGGUAAUUUAUUGAAAGAGCUCAACAGCGAUGAUGAGAACCUUCCUAAUAGCGAAGCUACUCAUACUGUUAGCAAUGAAGUUACCCCGAGCGUUAGUUCAACUGAAGUUCCUACUAACGAUAGCAUCCCUUCUAACAUCGAGUUUCCAUCUCGCACGUUGUAUGCCGACGCCAUCGUGGUUGAUGAUAAUACACGCAUUCGCAAAAUCUACCGCGAUUACCUUGAACGAGUAUACGACGGUGAUGCUCUGACUACUCAAUUUGCUGACACAGUCAAAUCUCAACAGUUGAUUAACGACUGGGUGAAAACCCACACCCAAGGAAAAAUUGAAGACUUUCUGAAGGAGCCAUUACCAGUGGCAACCAAGGUGGUGCUCCUGAGCGCUCUGUAUUUCAGCGGACAAUGGGCGUUUCCAUUUAUUCCAGAACUUACAAGAAAAAUGGAGUUCCAUACUCCCAAUGGAGGCAAUGUAACGGCCGACCUCAUGUUAAAUCAGGGGCAAUUCAACUACACAUUCAGUAAACAGCAUCAGGCACAAAUGUUAGCAUUCCCAUACCACGAUAGGUCUACGACUAUGUACGUUUUAAAACCCCUCCUCCGUACUAGAGUGUCUUUAACUGAAAUUUUGGACUCAUUGGACUAUUCGAAAAUAGAAGCCAUAAUGGACAGUAUGACUGAACAAAGAUGCAUCAUUAGAUUCCCUAAGAUGGAACUGAAAACGAGAGCAAAUUUAAAGGAUGCUCUAAAAGAACUCGGUGUCAAGUCCGUUUUUUCACCUAGUGAAGCUAACUUUGCCCUUAUGGUAGAUAAUAAUACGGUUAUUGAGAAGAAAAAAGAAGUAGAGUUAGUUUCGAGGAUAUACACAGGAGACGAGGAGUUGGAUGUCAUAAAGGAAGCGAUUAACAAACUGCCGAACCCGGGUGUACAUGUCGACACUGUGCUCCACGAAGUAAAGAUGACCGUUAAUGAAUAUGGUACAAUGGCAGUAGCAGUGACUAGCGGAACAUUAGCGCGUACAGCUCAGAUGUUCUAUGCGGACUCUCCAUUCUAUAUGUUUAUACGAAAUGAGAAGACUAAACUGGUGACAUUUAGUGCAAUUAUAUUCGAUCCAACGCAAUGAUUGCCUAAGGCUUUAUCGCCAAACUAAAAGAUGUGCUGUAUGGAUGUGCAUUUAUAGGAUAUUUUAGGGAGAAUGUUGAACAUUCCUGUUGUGUAUGUAAUACUUAUAGAAAAUCUUACAGUCACAGUGAGCUGGUUUCAGUUGUUAAAAAUUAAUCUAAAAUAGGCUCAAAUUAUAUAUUCUGCAAGUUCAAAGUAAUGCAAGCUAAGCUUUGUGUUCAAUACAAAUAGUAUGAUCUAACUGUGAUGUCUGGGAUAUACUUAUAAGCACAGAAUUUAUGUAGUUCUACAUAAUAUAUAAGUUAUAAUAUAUGAUCAUAUUCAAUAUAGUUAUAUAUUUUAUACUUAACAAUAACUUAGGCAUUGUCAUUAUUUACAAUUUUAUUUGAAAAUAAAAUAUGAAAGUACUUGUUUAAA